AGGCAAUUUGUCAUACCCGUGUUGCCGGCAUCAUCAGACGCAAACACACAAAAAACGGCAUGCCCAAAACUUUGGCUCCACGGGGGCUGGGUGGAACUUUUUUAUCACCGAUUUCGUUCGUCCGAUGCGAGCUAAGCCAGCAGACGGGCGUAGCUAACGCCAUCAGUACCGUGAUACCACUGAUCGGAUGUUGGUGGGCCGUAUUAGAAGUUGGGCUGAAUUAUUUAUGCAAAAUUAGAAUCUUCAAAUAGAAUCUUAAGGUUCAAGCAAACAACAGGACGGCAAGGAUAUUACCUUUCGUUGAUUCUCUUCCAAGCUUUCUGUGCAACCCCGUUAAAGGCCAUUCUCUCGUACAGUUUGUAGUAUCCCAGUACACUAACCUUAGCGCGAAAGUGAAACACCUAGCAACGUGUACAAAUCCUGCGAGUGCUCCGUGCUCAAAGCUCAUAAAUCAUACAAUUUUCUUUAAAUUAUCAGUUAAGCUAUAAAGUGCGGGCAAUUCGCGGCCUCAGAUAAUCUCGCGAAGACGGUCUACUACCCCGGGAGUGCUUUCCUAGUGUCAACUUCCGUUGCGAGCAAGUGUGUGACAUUCGACAGUAGUGCGGUGGUGGAACGUGGCAUUGAUUUAUGGAAUGAUGAGUAACGAUUGACGGAAAACGAUGUAAACGUCUGUUCCGUGUUACAACUGCGGUCAAAUUGGAGUAUCCGGCACCCCUGGGAACGCGACUAACAAAACGCAAAAAAUCACUAUGGUGUCGGUCGUUGUUCCCACUUCCUGUUCUAACCGUGCCCGGUGUAUCGAUUGCGUGUAAAUCGGCAUCGUAAGCUUUUGCGCACAAAAAGAGAAACCCACAAGCCAGCAAGCACUGCCACAGGAUGGGUGACUUCGGAUCAGACAGUGACGACAGCGACGGUGAGGGAGGACUUGGAAAUGUGAGCCGUGUUAUCGUUCGACCUCCAGGACACAGUGGCAAAGCGAAACGGGGCCACCUGUGCUUCGAUGCGGCGUUCGAAACGGGCAACCUCGGGCGGGUCGACCUAGUAGGCGAGUUCGAGUACGAUCUGUUCCUGCGGCCGGACACGUGCAAUCCGCGGUACCGCUUCUGGUUCAACUUCACCGUGGACAACGUGAAGCAGGACCAGCGCGUCAUCUUCAACAUCGUCAACAUGAACAAGAGCCGCAACCUGUUCAAGGACGGCAUGACGCCGCUGGUAAAGUCGACCAGCCGGCCCAAGUGGCAGCGGCUGCCCCGGUGCGAGGUGUUCUACUACAAGUCGCCGGUGCACCAGAACCACUACGUGCUGAGCUUCGCGUUCGGGUUCGACAAGGAGGACGAGGUGUACCAGUUCGCGCUUACCUUUCCCUACUCCUACUCCAAGAUGCAGGCGUACCUGAACGCGGUCGAGCUGAAGUUUCCGGAAGCGUUCGAGCGGUCCUCGCUCGGCAUGAGCAUCCAAAAUCGCAAACUCGAGCUGAUCACGUUCGACGACGUGAAGAAACCGGACAAGAUGGACCCGAAGAACGUGAUCCACAUGGUCGUCAUACUGGCGCGCAUACAUCCGGGCGAGUCGCCCGCCUCGUACGUGGUGCAGGGGCUGAUCGAGUUUCUGGCCGCCGCCAACCAGCCCAUCUCGAAGGCGCUGCGCGAGCACGUGGUGUUCAAGAUCUUGCCGAUGCUCAACCCGGACGGCGUGUUCCUCGGCAACAACCGGUGCAACGUGAUCGGGCACGAUCUGAACCGCUCGUGGAACCGGCUGUCCCAGUACACGCACCCAACCCUAUCGGCUGUGAUGAAGAUGUUGAAGGAGUACGACAAUUCCAGUGUAAGUCCGAUGGGGGGGGAGGUUAGGACGAGGGGGUUGGGCAGACCAGUGGGUUUGAUUUGUUGCGUUUCCCCUUCCGGGCAGUGCUAUCAGGUGGACUUUGUGAUCGAUCUGCACGCCCACUCCAGCCUGACCGGGACGUUCAUCUACGGCAGCACGUACGACAACGUGUACCGGUACGAGCGGCAUCUCGUCUUCCCGAAGCUGUUUGCGACCAAGUGCGAGGACUUCUGCCAGGAGCACAUGAUGUUCAACGCGGACGACCGCAAGUCGGGCACGGCGCGGCGCUACUUUGUCGAGGCGCUCAGCGACAACGUCAACACGUACACGCUGGAGGUGUCGAUGUGCGGCUACUUCCUGAACGGGACCAACAUUCUCACCCAGUACACGGAGGAUGGGUACAUGCGAAUCGGAAGAAACCUCGCCCGCACGUUUCUGGAGUAUUACCGGUUUACCAACAUUCUGCCCAUCCCGCCCGUCGACGAGCUGCGGCCGCGCAAGGGCCGUCCACGGACGCACCGCCCGCGGGCACGGUCGAAAACGCGCAGCGAGGUGCGGGUGCGCCCCAAGACGACCCGCGCGUACGCCCCGAUCAGCUACACAGACCUGUCCAUCUGCUACGACAGUGCCACCUCGGAGGAUGGGUCGCCGGUGCGGUACAUGUACGGCCAUCCGGGGCACGGCGGCGGUGGUGGUGGACUGCGGAUGCGGCCCCACAUCCACCAGGACCAGUUUUCGCUGUCCAACAUACAGGCGGCCCGGUUCAGCAAUCUCGACUUUUCCAGCGACUUCCGGCUGAAGGUGGGCAGCAGGGGCAAGGGCCAGGCGGGGUCGACCGCGACGGAUCCGAAGAUGCCACCGAUCGAGAUGCUGAGCGUGCCGCCGAAACCGCACCUCACGAUCAUCGACUUUAACCAGCUGACGCGCGGUGGCCUGGAGGAGGCCACGGCCGGCAAGACGCUCGAGCGGGAGAAGGAAAAGAUCCGCCGGCACACGGUCAAAUCGUCCUCGCGCAAGGCCUAGACCUCGGUGCUAAAACGUGUAGCAAUUUUCUAUUUCCAACUUCUCCACGGUAGACUUAAUAAAGCUAGUGAACGAUUCGGUACCGCA